UUUGACAAAUGUCGCAUGUAGGAAUAUGUUUUACGACAUUCAUUGUAUAUUUUGGUUACAGCACGUGCACUCAAUAUUCUCGUGAAGAUAUCAAUUGAUUUACAGUUGCUGCUGAAAGUAGUUGACGAAGCAUGGGUCUGACGAAACAAUAUUUAGCCUAUCAUUACGUUGGACAAUGCAACGUAGUUGCAAGUGCAAAUGUGAAUGUAUCAUUUGUAACAUACGACAAAGUGGAUGGUCGUUAUGUGGCCGUAGGUGCAGCGGAAAAGGUAUUCGUAUGGGAUUUGCGUUUAGGUGAAAAAGUUCUCGAAUUUGUUCGCGGAAAAGAAGAAGUGACUACCUUGAGUCCAUCGCCCGACCGUUUACAUUUGGCAGUAGGCUAUGCAGACGGUGUUUGUCGUUUAUUCAAUUUACAAUCUUUGAUUGGCGAUGAUUCGAAUCCACCACAAUUCACACUUCACAGAAGCGGAAUAAAAAUUCUACGCUAUGAUGCGUCAGGACUGCGUUUGGUAUCCGGCGGACAAGAUACGGACUUGGUGAUAAUCGAUAUUGUGUCUGAAACUGGAAAAUGUCGUUUAACUGGUCAUUCGGGUGCUAUCACAGACGCUUGCUUCUAUGAAAAGAAUACGGAAAGUAACAUUCUCAUUUCAUCGUCGACCGAUAAACAAGUUAAAAUGUGGAACAUUGCGACACAAUGCUGUUUUCGUACAAUUGUUGAUUAUACAACCGAAGUUUGGGGAAUCGCUUUACUGCGUGGUGGUGACUUUUUGGUAACCGGUUGUGAUGAUUCCAACAUAAGUGUCUACCGAUUGAUUCCAAACGAUGAAGAUAAUGAAACAGGCGACUCUGCGGUUAGCGGAAAUAUUGCCGAAGAUCAAAUUCAUUUACCGCUGCGGUGUAAUCUAGUCGGUUCUAUAAAACGGGCUGACACACGGGGGCGAAUUUGUAAUUUAGUUUCCGAUCCGAACGGCCGUGUUCUGGUAUUCCAUGGUACGAAAAGUAAAAUAAUCGAAUCGUUUUUAUUUUAUUCGAAAGAAGAAGCUGCACGCAGAUGUAAGAAGCGAUUGAAGAAGAAUGCAAAUGAUGAUGUCGAUGUGAGCAAUGUGUCAUUGACCGAUGAAAUUAAACGAUUGCCAGCCAUAAACAUAAAAGCCAAACUGAAAUCAAUCAAUGUUUUAAUUGGAGCCAGAGAUAAUUUGCGUGUGGUCGGAACAUUUGCAAACAAUUCAAUCCGUGUGUUUGCAAUGAAUCUUAAAGAAAAGAAAUCAGAACCAGAACUUUUGCGAACAAUUCAAGGUCAUGCAUCAGAAGUGCGCACGGUUUGUUUUAGCUCUGAUUCGCUUGCUGUUGCGUCAGCAGAUGGAAAUUCAUUGAAACUUUGGAAUCGCGAAUCAAUGCGAUCGAUACAAACUAUUUCCGACACAGGCUAUGCACUUUGUUGCUGCUUUGCUCCGGGCGAUCGUCAUGUGCUAAUCGGUCGAAUGGAUGGUGUUUUACUUAUUGCUGAUGUUGUAAGCGGAGAAAUUUUAGAAGAAAUUCCAGCCCAUCAAAAAGAAUUGUGGUCAAUGGCAUUGUUAGCAAAUGGUUCGGGUAUUGUGACAGCCGGUGGAGAUGCAACUGUUAAGUUCUGGUCAUUUGAACUUAUCGAUUUAGUUCAACAGAAAAACGACAACGACGAAAAAUUGGAAUUGAAUUCUACGAAUCGAAAAGUCCUUUCGCUGUUGCACAAAAAUACUCUUAAAUUGGAGGAAACGGUACAAUGUGUGGGUUUAUCGAAAAAUGGAAAAUUUCUAGCGGUUGGUCUAUUGGACUCAACCGUUAAACUAUUUUUCAUGGAUACGUUAAAGUUCUACUUGGCUUUAUAUGGACACAAAUUAUCGGUAUUGUCAUUAGAUAUUUCAGACGAUUCAUCGCUAAUUGUUACCGGUUCAGCAGAUCGUAAUGUGAAAAUAUGGGGAAUGGACUUUGGUGAUUGUCAUAAAUCUCUAUUUGCUCACGACGAUUCUGUGAUGUGCGUUAAAUUUAUACCAAAAACACACAUGUUUUGGUCUUGUGGCAAAGAUGGAAAAGUGAAACAAUGGGACGCAGACUCGUUUGUACAAAUUCAAUCAGUUUCACCACAUUUGGGUCAUGCAUAUUGUUUAGAUGUAAGCAAAACUGGUCAUUACGUUGUUAGUACUGGUUCCGAUAAAUGUAUUCGAUUGUACGAACGAAGUGAUGAACCGAUCGUCUUAGAAGAUAUGCAAGAAACGGAACGCGAAGAAAUUGAACAACAAAAAUUAGCCACAGGAAACGAAGAGCAUGUCAUGGCUGGCAUGGUUGCACCAUUAAAUUUGCCAUCACGUAAAACUGUUGCCGCCGAACAGGCUGUAGAAUUGUUAAUGGAUGCUUUGGAAAUAUUAUUAAAUUUCAACGAAGCUGACAAGGGUGAACCGAUUCCAUUGCUCAUGAGAGCACAUAAUGUCAGCACACCAGUGGAUUUGAUUAUUGCAAUACUUUCACGGAUAAAAUCUAGCGAUUUAGAAGAAGCACUUCUAUUGUUACCGUUUACCUCAGUUUGUGAACUGCUCAAGGCUCUACCUGAAAUCAUUGUAAAACGUACAGAUCAAACAGAACUAUUGUGCAAAGUGAUUACAUUUUUGUUUCGCGUACAUCGCAAACCAAUUAUCGGGAAUCAAACACUUUUACCGCACAUACAACAGAUGGUAACUGAUUUAGAAGAAACAGUUAAUGAACAGCGCGAUAUAAUUGGGAAAAAUUUAUUCGCACUGAAAAUGGUACAACACGACAUUGAACAGGAUGAACUUGAAAAUGGAGCCGAACUAUUUUACGAUGCAUUGAAAAAGAAGAAGAAACGCGACCAAAAAAUGAGAAAUCGUCAACUAAAAAAGAAAAUUAGUAUUCAAAUGGUGUCCUAAGCUUAUUAACUUAGAAACAAAUAAGUAAAGAAAAAAAAAAUAAAUGAAAGGUUUUUGUUUCAUAUGUUCAGUAGAUAUCA